GAGGGGACCUCAGUGUCAUUGGAGUGUGAGUCCAACGCUGUCCCACCUCCAGUCGUCACGUGGUAUAAGAACGGGCGGAUGAUAACAGAGUCUACUCACGUGGAGGUUUUAGCAGGUGGACAAAUGCUGCACAUCAAGAAAGCUGAGGUAUCUGACACAGGCCAGUAUGUAUGUAGAGCUAUAAAUGUAGCAGGACGGGAUGAUAAAAAUUUCCACCUCAAUGUAUAUGUGCCGCCCAGUAUCGAAGGACCCGAAACAGAAGUGGUUGUUGAGACAAUCAGCAACCCUGUGACUUUAACGUGCGAUGCCACUGGGAUCCCGCCUCCCACCAUCGCGUGGAUGAAGAACCUCAAGCCCAUAGAAAAUUCUGACUCACUUGAAGUUCAUAUUUUGUCUGGAGGUAGCAAACUCCAAAUUGCCCGGUCUCAGCGUUCAGAUAGCGGAAACUACACAUGCAUUGCAUCAAAUAUGGAAGGAAAAGCACAGAAAAAUUACGUUCUUUCUAUUCAAGUUCCUCCAAGUGUUGCUGGUGCUGAAAUUCCAAGUGAAGUCAGUGUCCUGGAAGGGGAAAAUGUUGAGCUGGUCUGCAAUGCCAAUGGCAUUCCUACCCCAGUUAUCCAGUGGCUUAGAGACGGAAGACCCAUAACUAGCAGUGAAACAGAAAGAAUCCGGGUGACUGCCACCGGCAGCACGUUAAUCAUCCUCGGAGCUCUCCCGUCCGACAUGGGGAAAUACACGUGUGUCGCCACUAAUCCUGCUGGAGAGGAAGACCGAAUUUUUAACCUAAAUGUUUACGUCCCACCUGCCAUCAGGGGUAAUGAAGAAGAAGCAGAGAAACUAACGGCCUUGGUGGACACUUCAAUCAAUAUUGAAUGCCGCGCCACAGGGACGCCUCCGCCCCAGAUAAACUGGCUGAAGAAUGGACUUCCUGUGCCCCUGUCUUCCCACAUCCGGUUGCUGUCAGGAGGGCAGGUCAUCAGGAUUGUGAGAGCUCAGGUGUCCGAUGUUGCCGUGUACACUUGUGUGGCCUCCAACAGAGCUGGGGUGGAUAAUAAACAUUAUAGUCUUCAAGUGUUUGUGCCACCAAAUCUCGACAAUGCCAUGGGAACAGAGGACAUCACAGUUGUCAAGGGCAGUUCUACCUCCAUGACAUGCCUGACAGAUGGAACCCCAACUCCCCAAAUGUCAUGGCUUAGGGAUGGCCAGCCUCUGGGGCUUGACACCCAUUUGACAGUAAGCACUCAAGGAAUGGUCCUUCAACUCAUCCAGGCAGAGACCGAAGAUUCGGGAAGGUACACCUGCAUUGCCUCCAACGAAGCUGGACAAGUCAGCAAACACUUUAUCCUGAAGGUGCUAGAACCACCUCAUAUCAAUGGAUCUGAAGAACCUACAGAGAUAUCAGUGAUUGUUAAUAAUCCACUUGAACUUACCUGCAUUGCUUCUGGAAUCCCAGCUCCUAAAAUCUCCUGGAUGAAAGAUGGACGGCCCCUUCCCCAGACAGAUCAGGUACAAACUCUUGGAGGCGGAGAGGUUCUUCGAAUAUCUAGUAGUCAGGUUGAAGAUACAGGAAGAUAUACAUGCCUGGCCUCCAGCCCUGCAGGAGAUGAUGAUAAAGAAUAUUUAGUGAGAGUGCACGUACCCCCUAAUAUUGCCGGAACUGAUGGGUCCCAGGAUUUCACUGUGUUACGGAACAGACAAGUGACACUGGAAUGCAAAUCGGAUGCAGUGCCCCCACCUGUAAUCACUUGGCUUAAAAAUGGAGAACGGUUACAGGCAACACCUCGAGUCCGAAUCCUAUCUGGGGGGAGAUACUUGCAAGUGAACAAUGCGGACCCAGGUGAUACAGCCAAUUACACCUGUGCUGCCAGCAACAUCGCAGGAAAGACUACAAGAGACUUUAUUCUCACUGUCAAUGUUCCUCCAAACAUCAAGAGUGGCCCCCAGAGCCUUGUCAUUCACCUGAACAAGUCAGCCGUGUUGGAAUGCUUGGCUGAAGGUGUGCCACCCCCGAGGACUACGUGGAGAAAGGACGGGGCUGUUCUCUCUGGCAAUCACGCGAGGUAUUCCAUCUUGGAAAAUGGAUUCCUUCACAUCCAGGCAGCACAUGUCGGCGAUGCCGGGCGAUAUUUGUGUAUGGCUACCAAUGCUGCUGGGACCGACCGCAGGCGGAUAGACUUACAAGUCCAUGUUCCUCCGUCUAUUGCUCUGGGCCCUACAAACAUCACUGUAACUGUGAAUGUUCAAACGACUCUGGCUUGCGAGGCUACUGGCAUACCAAAACCAUCCAUCAGCUGGAGAAAAAACGGGCACCUUCUCAAUGUGGAUCAAAACCAGAAUUCCUACAGGCUCCUUUCUUCAGGUUCACUGGUAAUUAUUUCCCCUUCCGUGGAUGACACUGCCACCUACGAGUGCACUGUGACAAACGAUGCUGGAGAGGACAAGAGAACCGUAGAUCUCACUGUCCAAGUCCCACCUUCCAUAGCUGAUGAGCCUACGGACCUCCUAGUAACCAGACACACCCCAACAAUCAUUACCUGCGCUGCCUCAGGAGUUCCAUUUCCCUCAGUUCACUGGAUGAAAAAUGGUAUAAGGCUGCUUCCCAGGGGAGAUGGCUACAGAAUUCAGUCCUCAGGAGCAGUUGAACUAUUUGCCACUGAAUUGAGCCAUGCGGGAAGAUACACUUGCGUCGCCAGGAACGCGGCUGGUUCUGCACAUCGACACGUGACCCUUCGUGUCCAGGAGCCUCCAGCCAUUCAUCCUCAGCCAAGUGAACUGGACGUCAUUCUAAACAAUCCCAUUCUGUUACCAUGUGAAGCCACAGGGACACCCAGUCCUUUCAUUACUUGGCAAAAAGAAGGCAUCAAUGUUAUCACUUCAGGCAACGGCCAUGCCGUUCUUCCUGGUGGCGGCUUGCAGAUCUCCAGAGCCGUGCGAGAGGAUGCCGGCUCUUACAUGUGUGUGGCUCAGAAUCCAGCUGGUACAGCCUUGGGCAAAAUCAAGUUAAAUGUUCAAGUUCCUCCUGUCAUCAGCGUCCAUCCAAAGGAAUAUAUCAUUGCUGUGGAUAAGCCUGUCACACUACCGUGUGAGGCGGCCGGCCUCCCACCGCCUGACAUCACGUGGCAUAAAGGUGGCCAUGCCAUUGUGGAAUCAGCCCGCCAGCGCACCCUCAGCUCCGGGGCUUUGCAGAUAGCCUUUGCUCAGCCGGAGGACGCCGGCCAGUACACAUGCAUGGCAGCUAACGUGGCAGGAUCUAGCAGCUCGAGCACCAAGCUCACUGUCCACGUGCCACCCAAAAUUCGCAGUAUGGAAGUAUACUACACGGUCAGUGAGAAUUCACAGGCUGUUUUUCCAUGCGUGGCUGAUGGAAUCCCUACACCAGCAAUUCACUGGAAAAAAGACAAUGUUCUUUUAGCCAAUUUGUUAGGAAAAUACACUGUUGAACCCUAUGGAGAACUCAUUCUGGAGAAUGUUGUGCUGGAGGAUUCUGGCACAUAUACCUGUGUUGCAAGCAACGCUGCAGGUGAAGACACACACACUGUCAGCCUGACUGUCCAUGUUCUCCCCACUUUCACUGAACUUCCUGGUGAUGUGUCAUUAAAUAAAGGAGAAAAGCUACGAUUAAGCUGUAAAGCAACUGGUAUUCCACUGCCCAUGUUAACAUGGACCUUCAACAACAAUAUUAUCCCAGCCCACUUUGACAGUGUCAACGGACACAGUGAACUUGUUAUUGAAAGGGUUUCCAAAGAGGAUUCGGGUACUUACGUGUGCACUGCAGAGAACAGCAUGGGUGUUGUGAAGGCAGUUGGAUUUGUUUAUGUGAAAGAACCUCCAGUCUUCAAAGGUGAUUACCCUUCUAAUUGGAUUGAACCACUUGGCGGAAAUGCAAUUCUGAACUGUGAGGUCAAAGGCGAUCCUGCCCCAACCAUCCAGUGGAGCAGAAAGGGGGUGGAUAUUGAAAUUAACCACAGAAUCCACCAACUUGGCAAUGGCUCCCUGGCCAUUUAUGGCACCGUAAAUGACGAUGCCGGUGACUACACAUGUGUAGCUGCUAACGAGGCCGGGAUGGCGGAGCGCAGCAUGAGCCUGACCCUGCAGAGUGCUCCUAUUAUCACUCUGGAGCCAAUAGCAACAAUUAUUAAUGUUGGUGGCAAAGUCAUAUUGAAUUGUCAGGCCACUGGAGAGCCUCAUCCAGCCAUUAUGUGGUCUCGUCAAGGGCACGCUAUCCCCUGGGAUGACCGAGUUAAUGUGUUGUCCAACAACUCGUUAUAUAUCUCUGCUGCUCAGAAAGAAGAUACAUCUGAAUAUGAAUGUGUUGCUCGAAAUCUGAUGGGUUCUGUCAUGGUCAGAGUACCAGUCACAGUCCAAGUUCAUGGUGGGUUUUCCCAGUGGUCUGCCUGGAGAGCCUGCAGUGUCACCUGUGGAAGAGGCAUCCAGAAGAGAAGUCGCCUGUGCAACAACCCUCAUCCGGCCAAUGGUGGGAAGCCUUGUCAAGGGUCGGAUUCAGAAAUGCGGAACUGCCAACAUAAACUGUGUCCAGUGCAUGGUAGCUGGUCAGAAUGGAGCCCUUGGGAAGAAUGCACAAGGAGCUGUGGACGUGGCAACCGAACCAGGACCAGAACUUGCAAUAAUCCAUCAGCUCAACACGGAGGGCGACCGUGUGAAGGGACUGCUGUGGAAAUGAUCAUGUGCAACAUUAGGCCGUGCCCAGUUCAUGGAGCAUGGAGCACUUGGCAGCCUUGGGGUGUGUGCAGCAGAAGUUGCGGGCAGGGGACCCAGACAAGAACAAGACUGUGCAGUAACCCUCCACCAUCAUUUGGUGGCUCCUACUGUGAUGGAGCAGAAACACUGAUGCAAGUUUGCAAUGAAAGACACUGUCCUGUUGAUGGCAAGUGGGCCAGCUGGGCCAGUUGGAGCACCUGCACCGUGUCCUGUGGAGGAGGAGCCAGACAGAGAACAAGGGACUGCUCUGAUCCCGCCCCACAGUAUGGAGGAAGCAGGUGUGAAGGGAGUGAUGUCCAGAGCGAUUUUUGCAAUAGUGACCCUUGUCCAACUCAUGGAAACUGGAGCCCUUGGAGUGGCUGGGGGAUCUGCAGUCGGUCCUGUAACGGAGGGCAGAUGCGGCGGUACCGCACGUGUGAUAACCCUCGGCCCUCCAACGGAGGAAGAGCUUGUGGGGGGCCAGACUCCCAGAUCCAGAGAUGCAACACUGACAUGUGUCCUGUGGACGGGAGUUGGGGAAACUGGCAAAGUUGGGGCCCGUGUUCUGCUUCUUGUGGAGGAGGCGAAAAGACCAGAAAACGGCUGUGCAACAAUCCAGAGCCAUCUCACCGUGGGCGCCCCUGUCCGGGAGACGCCACUCAGGUUUCCAGAUGCAAUAUACAAGCUUGUCCAGGUGGGCCCCAGCGAGCCAGAGGAAGUGUUAUUGGAAAUAUUAAUGAUGUUGAAUUUGGAAUUGCUUUCCUUAACGCCACAGUGACAGAUAGCCCUACCUCUGAUACUAGAGUAAUACAUGCCAGAAUUACCAAUGUGCCUCGCAGGCUUGGUCCAGCAAUGCGAAAGAUAGUUUCUAUUUUAAAUCCCAUUUAUUGGACAACAGCAAAGGAAAUUGGAGAAGCAGUCAAUGGCUUCACCCUCACCAAUGCAGUCUUCAAGAGAGAAACCCAGGUGGAAUUUGCAACUGGAGAAAUCUUGCGCAUGACUCAUAUUGCUCGGGGCCUGGAUUCCGAUGGUGCUUUGCUGCUAGAUAUUGUCGUGAGCGGCUAUGUCCUGCAGCUUCAUUCACCUGCUGAAGUCGCUGUAAAGGAUUACACGGAGGACUACGUUCAGACGGGUCCUGGGCAGCUGUAUGCCUACUCAACCCGGCUGUUCACCAUUGAUGGCAUUGGCGUCCCGUACACAUGGAACCACACCAUUUUCUAUGACCAGGCACAGGGAAGAAUGCCUUACUUGGUAGAAACACUUCAUGCAUCCUCUGUGGAAACGGACUACAACCAGUUAGAAGAGACAUUGGGUUUUAAAAUUCAUGCUUCCAUUUCCAAAGGAGACCGCAGUAAUCAGUGCCCCUCCGGGUUUGCCUUAGACUCAGUUGGACCCUUUUGUGCUGAUGAAGAUGAAUGUGCAACAGGGAAGCCCUGCUCCCAUAUCUGCCACAAUGCCAUGGGGACCUAUUAUUGCUCCUGCCCUAAAGGCCUCACCAUCGCUGCUGAUGGAAGAACUUGUCAAGACAUUGAUGAGUGUGCUUUAGGUGGACACACAUGCCAUGCUGGUCAGGACUGUGACAAUACCAUUGGAUCCUAUCGCUGCGUGGUCCGCUGUGGAAUUGGCUUUCGAAGAACCUCUGAUGGGAUGAGUUGUCAAGAUAUUAAUGAAUGUCAAGAGUCCAGUCCCUGCCACCACCGCUGUUUCAAUGCCAUAGGAAGUUUUCACUGUGGGUGUGAACCUGGGUAUCAGCUCAAGGGCAGAAAAUGCAUGGAUGUGAACGAGUGUCGCCAGAACGUGUGCAGACCCGACCAGCACUGCGAGAACACCCGUGGCGGCUACAAGUGUAUUGAUCUCUGCCCCAAUGGGAUGACCAAGGCGGAAAAUGGAACCUGCAUUGAUAUUGAUGAGUGUAAAGAUGGGACCCAUCAGUGCAGAUAUAACCAGAUAUGUGAGAAUACAAGAGGCAGCUAUCGCUGUGUAUGUCCAAGAGGUUACCGGUCUCAAGGAGUGGGAAGACCCUGUGUGGAUGUGGAUGAGUGUGCAAACAGAGACACCUGCCAACAUGAGUGUAAAAAUACCUUUGGAAGCUACCAGUGUCUCUGCCCACCUGGCUAUCAGCUCAUGCUCAACGGAAAGACGUGUCAAGAUAUUGAUGAGUGUCUGGAGCAGAAUGUGCGCUGUGGGCAGAAUCGCAUGUGCUUCAACAUGAGAGGAAGCUACCAGUGCAUCGAUACGCCUUGCCCACCCGACUACCAACGGGAUCCUGACACAGGGUUCUGCCUCAAGAACUGUCCGCCCAAUGAUUUGGAAUGUGCCUCGAGCCCAUAUGCGUUGGAAUACAAACUUGUCUCCCUCCCUUUUGGAAUAGCCGCCAAUCAAGAUUUAAUCCGGCUGGUUGCAUACACGCAGGAUGGAGUGAUGCAUCCCAGGACCACGUUUCUCAUGGUAGACGAGGAACAGACCGUUCCUUUUGCCUUGAGGGUUGAAAACUUGAAAGGAGUCGUGUAUACCACACGACCCCUCCGAGAACCAGAGACCUACCGCAUGAGGGUCCGAGCCUUAUCCUACAGUGCCAAUGGGACCAUUGAAUAUCAGACCACAUUCAUAGUGUAUAUAGCCGUGUCUGCCUAUCCGUACUGAGAAGCUCGCCAAAGCCAAACCCACAUAUUUAAACUGCAUUAAUCAUGGGAAUCACGUUCGCUUCCAGGUUACCAUCUCCUGAACGGUUGCAACCUUGGCAACUUGAAAAUGGUGCUAGGCUCUGUCUUGUGUGUCUUCCUUGGUACUGCUGAGGUAUUUCAGGAUCCCACCAUGGCCACAUCUUUUCCUUAAGGUCUAGAAAAGCCCUGUAUCCUUUUCUUUUAUUUAUUACACUGGAACAGUUACUUUCCAAAGAUUAUCUCUGAACAUCGAACAGGGACACAUCAGUGAUGUUUUAUGGUGGCAUAGUAGCUAAGAUCUUUUUCCUUAAAAAUAUACAAUAAACUAUAAUAAUAAUUCAAAGCCAAGUAGAUUUUUGAGCAUUUGGCCAUUUUUAAAGUAAUAAAACUGGUUGCUAUGUUUUUUGAGCAAAGCUUAAGUAACUUAUGAAGAUGCUUUUUUAAAAAAAGUAUUGAUACUUUAUUAUAUAUAGGACUUAGACACCUCUUUUCACUUUAAGGGAAAAAAAAAGAAACACCACUUGUUUUAGAAAUAUAGUACAGCUUCUAGAAGGUUAUGAUGAUCCCAAAUGGUGCUCACUUUGAACACCCAAAAUAAGGAUAUUACUUUCAGUGAACCAUUUAUGAUCAUAGAAAAAAAAUAUUACUUUGUCCUCAGAUAAUUGUUGAUGGCAUAGAUCUUUGUUCAUAUAUUUUGAUAUAAUCUGCCAUUAGCUCCUUCAUUUUCACAUUCCAGAAUUGUUUUUACCUUCCUACCAAUUGGAAACAAUUUUUUAAAGUAUCAAUGGGACGGUUUUCUUUGUUUUUCUUGAAAAAUCUCAUAUGUUAAAUUAGCAUAAAUGUUCAACGUCAAUACACUGUACAUGGUGGUAACAGACUCUGGAAGCAAUUGCCAAGAUGUAUUCUAUUUUUAUGAAGUGUACAUAUAUUACCUUAGUGUGUAUUUUCUAUGGAAUAUCUUGAUGAACUCUUUUAUAAAAUUAUUUUAUAAAAAUAUAAUGUUACAGGAAAACCAGCUAAAAUAAAAUUUUCACA